ACAGCAACAAGGAGCAACAAGGAGCCAGCAGAACAACAGCGCGUCUCGCAGGCUGCAGCCAAUCAGCGGCCUGGUUUCUCUUCAGCAUCCCGGAGUCGCUGAGCAGUCGAUAGACUUGAGCUCAGGCAGCGGAGGAGGACAGACACCUGAAGGCUCAUCGACCACUAUUAUGAUUUUGUGAAGAAGAAGGUGGAGGAAUACGUCACCAGCAAAAAAAGAAAACAAAAGUUGUCUAAUCCAGGCACUUCACAGGAGACAAAUUCCCGCUCAACCAUGGCAGACCAGAAAGACAACGUUGAUGACUUUAAAGUCCAGACAGCCAAGCACUCCAACAUCAGCUCAGUCCCUAUACGGCAGCACAGCGAUCAAUCUAGAGACAGACUGUCCAAACGGUUGUCAACUGAGUCUAACGGGACCAGCGAGGGAGGAGUGGGCUCAUCCACACCGGUGGAGGUCACCGCUUUGGAGGAGUCGUUUCGACGCUUUGCCAUCCAUGGUGACACUCGUGCUACGGGCAAGGAGAUGCAUGGCAAGAACUGGUCCAAACUCUGCAAAGACUGUGGCGUGAUUGAUGGCAAGAACAUUACCCUCACUGACGUGGACAUCGUCUUCAGCAAAGUCAAGAAGAAAACCUGCCGCAACAUCACAUUUGAUGAAUUCAAAGUUGCGCUUGGAGAGCUGGCUAGGAAGAAAUAUAGAGAGAAGAGCGGAGAGGAAGCUGAGGCUGAGGUCGCCAAGCUCAUCGAGGGGAAGACGCCAGUAAUCGCAGGAGUCACGAGGGCUGUGGCCUCCCCGACGGUGAGUCGUCUUACAGACACCACCAAGUUUACAGGAUCACACAAGGAGCGCUUUGACGAAACCGGCCGUGGAAAGGGGAAAGCUGGGAGAGUGGACGUAGUUGACACCUCUGGAUAUGUCGCUGGAUACAAACAUCGAGGGACAUAUGAAAAGAAAGUGAAUAAACCCACUGAGGGUAGGCCCAUGUGAGGGCGAAGAUGAGGAAAUCAAACACUUCAUCAACCAUUUGGAUGAUUUUCUGUUUAAAGAGUACUCAUAGAAAGCACAUAGUAUAGGAUUUCAUAUAUUUUCCCACCCGUGUGUGUGUGCGCGUGUGUGUGUGUAUAACAGAGAGAGAGAGAGAGAGAUGUAUUUUUUGUGAGAACUGGAAAACUGUUUACAUCUAUUUUUACAAAGUCAUCACCAGCUGGUACAUUCCUGUCUGAUAGCAAGUUACUGCCAAACCCCGAAGAGAACAAAUGAGAGAAACUGCUAUGCCGUGAAUAUUUAGAUCUAUUAUUAUAGGGCCUUAUGUUCAUCAAGCACAAUGAUCAACAUGGCAAGAAGAGCAGAAGGACAAAAGUUUGAUAAAUUAACAAUAUUGCACUGUUUAAGGGAAACGUUUGACCAUAAUUAGCUUAGGAAAUGAAUUGCUAAUGAGUUUUGCAGUUUCAAAGAUGAUUACAACAUUCUGACAGGUGUAAUUGUUUAACAGUUUGCUUUGAGAUAUUUUAUCCUUAAUCUGUCAUUUAGUAUUGUUUGUUUGCCAUUUGCACUUGUCAACUAUUGUCUUGAGAAAAACCUGUGGUUUAGUUCGUAAAUUGUUCCAUGAGCCUACACCGUCACUGACACCGAAGCCCUGAAUCCAUGUCCUAUAUUGUUAUCCAGAAAUGUUUUUUUCACACCAGUUUCACACAUGAAAAAAAAAUAUUCAAAAACUUCCAUUUGUGUGAAUAAUUUGCUUUCAGUUCAAAGGAAAUACAUUGCGUGUUGUCUUAUUUUGCUUUUUUUUUUUUUUUUUUUAAAUCACAGCAACCUCGCUCAAUAUUCCUCCGACAUGGCCAUUGUAAAAACCUUUCAGCAUCUAAUUCUGCAAAAACCAAACCAAUUGAAGAAUGAAUUGGUGAAUCCAGUUGAAAGCAAAAAGUUCAGUAGUUCAAGAUUGUAAUUUUAACAUUUUACUUAUUUCCUCGUCAGAGUUAAUAGUUCUAAUAUAUUUGUGGUGAGAUUGUGUAUAUACUCUUAAGGAGUCUCAACCACGUAGCUUAAUUUAAGACACUGGCUUCAUGUUUUUAGUUUUUCUGUAUUGCUGUACUUUGUGCAUGUUAUGUAUAUUACAUUUAAUUCAGAAGUAGAGUUUGUCUGUCUUUCCAAACUGCUGUGCCUGCUGUGAGGAGAGACUUAAGACUUUUCUUGCUAAAUAUGCCAAGUAAUGAGACUGUGGGAUCAUGACAAAAUCUUGUAUUGUUUGAAAUCAAUAUGUAUCAACUCGUUUGUGUACAAAGUACGCUAUCCUCUAAAGCUAUUCUAGUCGUCUGAACCCUUUUAUGUUUGUGACUGUCAUCUAUGGCACAGGUUUAACUGAAAAAGCAGGGUUUACAUGUUUACUUCCAUAAUACUCCAUAUAAAAAGGGAAAACUGCAGACAGUAUACUUUUGUAAAAUAUUUUUCCAAGAGGACAGUUUUGUGUUUUAACUCUCUUCCUGUAGCCUCAGCUGAUGAAGAAUCGUGCAUCAAUUGGAAAACUAGCAGCUCCCUGUGUUUUAGUUUUCAUCUAGCUUGUGUAUGUUUUCUUGUUUUCUGUGCUUCAUGCCAAAUAAUGUGCACCUUUAAUGUGGAUGAACACCUUUUUUUUUCCCUCAAAUAACUUUUAAUGUACUAUUGUGCCCAAGUGCAUGCAGUGUGUUUUUUUUCUUGUUCUCAAGACUUCUUAAAGUGUGUUCAUGAUUUAGAGUUCUUUAUUGAAAAUAAAAUAAACAAACAAAAAAAAAACA